AUGGCCCAAAGCUGCAGCCAGAGCAGUUAUCCGUUGUGUGCCCCCGUUAUGAUCACUUUGGGAGACCAUACACUCAUGGAUCAGUCCCAGAUGGGCAUCACACAGAACGGUGGCUCCACGUCACCGGACCAUUCAGAUGACGGAACCAGCAGAACCAACCUGAUUGUCAACUAUCUGCCACAGACCAUGUCCCAGGAUGAGAUUCGUUCGCUGUUUGCCAGCAUUGGGGAGCUAGAGAGCUGCAAGUUGAUUCGUGACAAACCUACAGGUCAGAGCCUGGGUUAUGGUUUUGUGAACUAUAAACGUAUAGAGGAUGCUGAGAAAGCCAUUAACACUUUGAAUGGUCUCAGACUGCAGAAUAAAACCAUUAAGGUAUCAUAUGCAAGGCCCAGUAGCGAAAGUAUAAAGGGUGCUAACUUGUAUGUAAGUGGGCUGCCAAAGUCAAUGACACAGCAGGAUUUGGAGAAGUUGUUCUCUCACUGUGGGAAGAUUAUUACGUCUCGCAUUCUUUAUGACACACACACAGGUUUAUCCAAAGGGGUGGGAUUCAUUCGAUUUGACCAGAGGUGCGAGGCCGAACGUGCCAUUCAGAAAUUGAAUAACCACAUUCCUGAUGGUUGUUUGGAGCCCAUAACAGUGAAAUUUGCCAACUCUCCCAGCUCGAACAAAAAUCUGGCAACUAUGGCACCCCUGGCCCUGGCCACAUACUUGUCGCCCACUCAUCGUCGCUUUUUUGGACCAAUUCAUCAUGCAACAGCCUCAAGCCGCUUCAGGUACUCACCUUUGGAGGCUGGUCUGCUGCCCAGCACAAUACUACCAACAACACUCACAACAGCAGCAUCAGCGGCGGCAGCAGCGGCAGCAGCAGCAGCAUCCAGCAAUGCUGCAACCACCACAGCACUGAACGCUACAGGCUGGUGCAUCUUUGUCUACAACUUGGCUCCGGAUACAGAGGAUAGCGUUCUGUGGCAGCUCUUCGGACCGUUUGGAGCCGUGCAAAGCGUCAAAGUCAUCAGAGAUUUUACCACCCAAAAAUGCAAAGGCUUUGGAUUUGUUACAAUGACCAACUACGAAGAAGCGGUGAUUGCAAUACAGAAUCUCAACGGAUUUACCCUAGGAAACCGUGUUCUACAAGUAUCGUUCAAAGCCAAUGGGCGAAAACCAUAG